AUGGAGCUGAAGCAGUCAGAGAGUCAUGGCGCUGACCAUGUCGACAACGCAUACGAUCCGCACCUCGAAGCCCCUGAAGGAUCACCUUUACCAUGGUACAAACAGUCAGAACUCAGGAAGCUGUACUUCAUGAUGGUCUUCCUCUUCCUAGGCUCAACAACACUAGGAUAUGACGGCAGCUUACUCAAUGGACUUCAGACCAUGCAAUCAUGGCAGGCUUACUUUGAUCAUCCAUCCGGAAGUCGACUCGGCAUCUUUGGCGCCAUGCCCGGCUUCGGCGGUCUCUUCGUCCUCCUCUUCGCCCCCUACAUCGCCGACGGCCUCGGCCGAAAGACGGGCACCGCCAUCGGCUGCGUCUUCGUCGUCCUCGGCGCCCUCCUCCAGGCCUUCCCCAAACAAGGCGCCGGCCGGGACGCCAUGUACCUCGUCGGCCGCUUCAUCAUGGGCGCCGGCUCCAACAUCUCCAACGGCACCUGCCCGCUCCUCAUCACCGAGGUCGCCCACCCGCGCCACCGCGGCAAGGUCACCACCCUCUACAACACCCUCUGGUACCUCGGCAGCAUCAUCGCCGCCUGGACCUGCUUCGGCACCCUCACGCAGCAGCACGGCGACAUCCAGUGGCGCCUGCCCACGGGCCUGCAGUGCAUGAUGCCCGGCAUCCAGCUGCUCGCCGUCUGGUUCCUGCCGGAGAGCCCCAGGUGGCUGAUCAGCAAGGGCAAGGAGGAGCAGGCGAGGAAGGUCCUGGUCAAGUACCACGGCAACAACGACGAGAACGACGAGUUCGCGCGGUGGGAGUUUGCGGAGAUCUCGAGCACGCUGAAGCUGGAGAAGGAGGCUGCCGCGAACAGCGGAUGGAUGGAGCUCGUGAGGACCCCUGGUAACCGUAAGCGCUGUGCUUUGAUCAUCGCGACGGCCAUCUUCUCCCAGUGUUCUGGAAACGGGCUGGUUUCAUACUACCUUGCCGUUAUCCUGAGUACCAUUGGCAUCAAAGACUCGAUCACGCAGUCCUACAUCAACGGCGGCCUGACCAUCUGGUCAUGGCUCGUCUCCCUCACCGCCGCCUUCUUCGUCGACCGCAUCGGGCGCAGAGUCCUCUUCCUCUUCGCAGGCGUCGGAAUGCUCCUCUCCUUCUCCGUGUGGACGGCCUGCAGCGCAGUAUACGCCCAGACCGAGUCGGCCUCGGCCGGAAUCGCCGUCGUAGCCAUGAUCUUCGUCUUCUACGGAGUCGCGGGCGCGGCCUGGCCCGGCCUGACCGUCUCCUACACCGUCGAGAUCCUGCCCUACAACAUCCGCGCCAAGGGGCUUACUCUCUGCUUCUGCUUCACGGCUCUGAGCGGUGUCUUUAACCAGUGGGUUAACCCGCUCGGCAUCGAGCAGCUGGAAUGGCGCUUCUACUUUGUUUACAUCGCUAUCUUGGUGAUUGAGGUCCUGGUGAUCUACUUCUUCUUCGUCGAGACGAGAGGUCCUACUCUGGAAGAAAUUGCUGUGCUCUUCGACGGAAAGAACUCUGCCGCUGGAGUUGCCCAGGUCGAAGCUCAGGCGCAGGCUGAAAAGGCUGAGAAAAGAGAAUCGGCAUAG